ACCCUAAAACUUAACUCUCUCCACAUCCAUCCUUUCCAAAGAUAACGAGUACUCAACCUCCAUCGAUGGUGGGACGUCUGUUGCAUGGGACACUUGCUGUUACCAUAUAUGAGAUUGAUAGCCUCAACAAUGGAUGUGGCCUUGACAUGUUCUCUAAGUGUGAUGGGCCGCAAAAGAUCGGAAGAAGGUUUUUAUCCAAAUUCAAACGCGUAUUAUUUUGCCGACCAGAGAUUGGUGGAUCGAGAUUAUAUGCUACAGUCGAUUUGGACAAGGCAAGAGUUGGAAGAACUAGAAUCCUCACCAAAGAGCCUUCCAACCCUAGAUGGUAUGAAUCAUUUUGGAUCUAUUGCGCUCACACAAUCAACCACAUCAUCUUCACCAUCAAAGACGAAGACCCAGUUGGAGCCACACUGAUCGGAAGAGCUUACAUCCCUGUGGAAGACAUCAUCAAAGGAUACAUCGUCGACAAAUGGGUCCCCAUCCUCGACGACGAUUACGACAAAGCCCCCCUUCCUGGAAACCCUCGAAUCCACGUCAAAAUUCAAUUCUUCAACAUUGCCUAUGAUUCUAACUGGUCGCAAGGAAUAAAAAACCCCAAGUACGAAGGCAUCCCCUACGCUUUCUUCAACCAAAGGCAUGGGUGCCAAGUAACCUUGUACCAGGAUGCUCACGUCCAUGACAACUUCAUUCCAAAUGUUCAUUUGGGACCAGAUAGAAAGUUAUUGCAGGCGAAUAGAUGUUGGGAGGAUAUCUUUGAAGCCAUAAGCAAUGCGAGGCACCUCAUUUACAUAACCGGAUGGUCGGUUUACACCGAGAUCACUCUAGUGAGGGACCCAAAUCGGCCGAAACCUGGAGGUGAUAUGAAGCUAGGUGAGCUCCUAAAGAUGAAAGCGGACCAAGGUGUGACCGUUCUCAUGUUGGUCUGGGAUGAUAGAACUUCAGUUUCAGAGUUUAAAAGGGAUGGGUUAAUGGCAACCCACGAUCAAGAGACUGAAGCCUAUUUUAGAGACACAAAGGUGAAAUGCAUAUUGUGUCCUCGCAAUCCUGAUGAUGGAAGGAGUAUAAUUCAAGGGUUUGCAAUCUCAGCUAUGUUCACACAUCAUCAGAAGACAGUGGUUGUGGAUGCUAGCAUGCCAUCAGAAGUGGGGGGAGGUACUGGAGAGUCUUCGAAAAGAAGGAUUGUGAGCUUCAUUGGAGGAAUCGAUUUGUGCGAUGGUAGAUAUGAUACACAAGAUCAUCCAUUGUUCAAGACGUUAGACACUGUUCAUCAUGAGGAUUUCCACCAACCAAACUUUCCAGGAGCGUCGAUUACGAAAGGAGGUCCACGAGAACCAUGGCAUGACGUUCAUUGCAAGCUAGAAGGUCCGGUUGCAUGGGAUGUUCUUUAUAACUUUGAACAAAGGUGGCGGAAACAAGUUGCAGAUAUUAAUAACAAAAAUUUGUUGAUCCCACAAGAGAAACUAGAAGGGUUGAUCUCGCGUCCAUUUCCAGUGUUGCAGUCUAACGAUCCAGAGGCAUGGAACGUUCAGAUCUUUCGGUCCAUAGACGGUGGAGCGGUUUUAGGGUUUCCUGAAAAGCCGGAGGAGGCUGCAACUGUUGGGCUUAUUAGUGGGAAAGACAACGUCGUUGACAGAAGCAUUCAGGACGGGUACAUUCACGCCAUUCGAAGGGCCAAGAAUUUCAUAUACAUCGAGAACCAGUAUUUUCUUGGGAGCUCUUUCGGGUGGAAGCAAAGUGGGGAUAUUAAAGUGGAGGACAUUACUGCUUUACAUCUCAUACCUAAGGAAUUGUCAUUGAAGAUUGUGAGUAAGAUUGAAGCAGGUGAGAGAUUUGCGGUGUAUGUUGUGAUCCCAAUGUGGCCAGAAGGGAUUCCGGAGAGCGAAUCCGUUCAAGCGAUAUUGGAUUGGCAAAGGAGAACGAUGGAGAUGAUGUAUUCUGACAUUUCUGAAGCUCUUAGAAGGAAAGGGCUCAACACGAGUCCUAGAGAAUACUUGUCGUUCUUUUGCCUUGGAAACAGGGAGACUAAGAAGAGCGGCGAGUACGUGCCUCAAGAGACUCCAGAGCCCGAUUCUGAUUAUGCCAAAGCUCAACUUUCUCGUCGAUUCAUGAUUUAUGUCCAUGCAAAGAUGAUGAUUGUUGAUGAUGAGUAUAUAAUUAUUGGGUCAGCAAACAUCAACCAAAGGUCGAUGGAUGGCGGUAGAGACACUGAGAUUGCAAUGGGAGCAUUUCAGCCGCAACAUAUAGCAACGAGUAACCAACCACCAACGGGCCAAAUAUAUGGGUUUCGAAUAGCAUUAUGGUAUGAACAUCUAGGAGUGCUUGAGAAGUCGUUUCAAUAUCCAGGGAGCGUGAGGUGCGCGCAAUUGGUGAAUCAACUUGCAGAGGAUAAUUGGGAGAAAUAUGUGAGCAAGACUUUCGAUCACGAUCUUUCAGGUCACUUGCUUAGGUAUCCCAUUGAAAUUGGUAACAACGGAGUCAUCACCAAUUUUGGGGAGAUGAAUUUCCCAGACACCAAUGCUCCCGUCCUAGGCCGUAAAGCGGAUUAUCUCCCGCCAAUUCUCACCACAUAAGAUUUGUUAUCACUAAUAUGAUCAGUGAAUGAUAUAAAAGACCUGUACAUAAGGAAAAAAUAAUAAUAAAAGAGUAAUACUAAUGUAUAUGUACUAUCCAAAAUUAUUAAAUGUGCCAAUUAGUUUCAACACUUUCAUGCUCUUUUACUAGAAAAAAAAAGUUAUCAAUCACAUCAUUCUGUAUAUAAUUUUCUGCAAAUGAUUGUUCUACAUGAUCCCACUUAGUUGAAGGGUGAUGUGGUCUCUGGGGUGACUCACCCAUGCGUACGCACA